AGUAGCUGGCUGAGCGUGUCUCUGGCUGCAAACUCCGCCAAACAAGCCUGCAUCCUCCUCCAGGGAAGGAUACCCAGAAGCGAUGAAAUUUCCAAUCGAGACUCCAAGAAAACAGGUGAACUGGGAUCCUCAAGUUGCUGUUCCCUCACCAGUGCCAGCUUGCGAACCCAAGCCCAAAACCAACGGGCAUUACCCGGCUCCACGACUCUCCGUUUCCUCCCGAGCAACUGUUGUCGCCAGCAUGGAAGCCCCUUCUCAGGGCCUGCAGACAGUCAUGAAAUGGAAAACAGUAGUGGCCAUUUUCGUUGUGGUUGUGGUUUACCUGGUGACUGGAGGACUUGUCUUCCGUGCCCUGGAACAGCCUUUUGAAAGCAGGCAGAAGAACACGAUAGCAUUAGAGAAGGCUGACUUCCUUCGGGAACACGUUUGUGUAACCCAGCUAGAACUGGAGACGCUCAUUCAGCAUGCUAUUGAUGCUGAUAAUGCUGGAGUCAGUCCCAUAGGAAAUUCUUCUAACAAUAGCAGUCACUGGGACCUUGGAAGUGCCUUUUUCUUUGCUGGAACAGUCAUCACAACAAUAGGAUAUGGGAACAUUGCCCCAAGCACUGUCGGAGGCAAAGUUUUCUGCAUCUUGUACGCCAUCUUUGGGAUUCCACUGUUUGGCUUCUUGCUGGCUGGGAUUGGAGACCAACUUGGAACCAUCUUUGGGAAGGGUAUUGCAAGGGUGGAGAAAGUUUUCAGAAAAAAGCAAGUGAGCCAAACAAAGAUCCGGGUGAUCUCUACCAUCCUCUUCAUCCUGGCAGGCUGCAUCGUCUUUGUGACCAUUCCUGCAGUUAUCUUCAAACACAUCGAGGGCUGGACAGCCUUGGAGUCCAUCUACUUUGUGGUUGUCACUCUGACUACUGUUGGCUUUGGUGAUUUUGUAGCAGGAGGAAAUGCUGACAUCCACUAUCGGGAAUGGUAUAAACCCUUAGUGUGGUUCUGGAUCCUUGUUGGCCUUGCCUAUUUUGCUGCUGUCCUGAGCAUGAUUGGAGAUUGGUUAAGAGUCCUGUCCAAGAAGACAAAAGAAGAGGUUGGAGAAAUAAAAGCCCACGCAGCUGAGUGGAAAGCGAAUGUAACAGCUGAGUUCAGAGAGACACGGAGGCGACUCAGCGUGGAGAUCCAUGACAAACUUCAGCGGGCAGCUACCAUCCGCAGCAUGGAGCGCAGGCGCCUGGGCCUGGACCAGAGGGCCCACUCCCUGGACAUGCUCUCUCCAGAGAAGCGCUCUGUGUUUACUGCCUUGGAAACGGGGCGCUUCAAGGCCUCAUCUCAGGAAAGCAUCAACAACAGGCCUAACAACCUGCGCCUUAAAGGGUCAGAUCAACUCAACAAGCAUGGGCAGGGGGCAUCCGAGGACAAUAUCAUUAACAAGUUCGGAUCGUCGGCCAAGAUGACCAAAAGGAAAAACAAAGAUCUUAAAAAGACCAUCCCUGAGGAUGUGCGUAAAAUUUAUGAGACCUUCCGAAACUACUCCUUGGAUGAAGAAAAAAAGGAAGAAGAGACAGAGAAGAUGUGUAAUUCUGAGAACUCUUCUAGCACCACAGUCCUAACCAACUGCAUUCAGCAGCACUCGGACCUGGAGAACGGAAUGAUCCCCACAGAAACCAAAGAAAGGGAACAUGAAAACAAAGCAUUACUUGAAGACAGAAAUUAAAUGUAAGAGAUGCUUGACUUGAAUAAACAAUGCUAAUGUUUUUAUAUACAUAUAUAUAUUGAGACACGUGCCUUAUACAGACUCCUUAUUCAGUCUGAAUUAUAUAGCAUCGAAGAAUAUUUCACUGUGCCAUAAAGACUCAAGCUUGCUCUGCCAAAACAAAUCAGGAACACAGCAUUGCAGAAUGGCAAAAGAAAGCUACGCACAUGGAAAUUUCAGCCUGUAUAAGAUUACCAGGGUAAGACACAAAGGAAGAGCCUGAACAACGGCAGUACCACCAGAAUGCUGCUACCAUGGCAUGACAUUAGACAAAGGGCAGCUAUGUAAGAAGAACCUUUCAGAAGAAUGGAAAAGAUCAUGUCUUUUAAAUGAAGUAUGUACAUUAAGCCUUCCCCUGGUGAUUAUAAAGAGGAGAAAUGUUUGGAGUUAACUAGAAACUUUCAGUAAGGAUUAGUUUACGUUUUGGCACGUGAUCCAAGCUAGAUUUUUUUUCUUUUCAUUUUUGAAUCUGAUGC